UGGGGUUUGGGCAGAACUUUGCAGGGCUUUAGGCUCUCACUCAGCCUGGACGUGCCUUGCCCUCCCUUCUUUCUGCUGCAUGCACCUCUCCCACACAAGCCACCACGGCCCCAGCACCAUUUCUGAAGGCUCCUGCCAGCUCAUCAGCACAGCCCUGUCUGUGCUGCAGGGCUCAUCAAGCAAUCCCUUUUCCCCACCUAUCAGGAAAAUCCCAGUCUGUGUUUGCUGCUCACCAGACCAUCUCAAGGGUGGUGGAUGCUUUGUUACAGGAUGUAACCAAGAGCCUUCAGGCUAGGCAAGAGACAAGAAGGGAUUCAUGUCUUCUCUGAACUCCACCACCGCCUCCCACCCCCCCACUUUCCUCCUGCUUGGCAUCCCGGGCCUGGAGAAGGAGCAGUUCUGGAUUGCCUUCCCCUUCUGCAUCACCUACGCCUUAGGUGUGCUGGGGAACAUCAUCCUGCUCAUCGUCAUCAAGACAGAGCCAAGCCUGCAUGAGCCCAUGUACCUCUUCCUGGCCAUGCUGGCCUGCACUGACCUGGUCCUCUCUACAUCCAUGCUACCCAAAAUGCUCGCCAUCUUCUGGCGCGGCUCCAGGGAGAUUGGCUUUGUUGCCUGCCUUGUUCAGUUGUUCUUUGUCCACAACUUUACGGCUGUGGAGUCAGGCGUGCUCAUGGCCAUGGCCUUGGAUCGCUAUUUUGCCAUUUGCCAUCCCCUGCGGCACUCCAGCAUCCUCUCCACGCAGGUGGUGGCAGCUCUCGGGAGCCUGGUGCUGCUGCGUGGAGUCCUCAUGGUGAGUCCCACAUGCUUCCUGCUCCAUAGGCAGGACUUCUGCCGGCAUCGUGUCAUCUCCCAUUCCUACUGUGAACACAUGGCCGUGGUCAAGCUGGUAUGCGAGGACACCAGAGUCAAUGCUGCCUAUGGCAUCGCUGUGGCUUUUGCAGUGGCAGCUUUUGACCUUACUGUGAUCACCGUGUCCUACGCUAUGAUUGUGCGGGAGGUUCUGAAGCUGCCAUCCUCAGACACACAGAUCAAGGCCUUUAACACAUGUGUCUCCCAUGUCUGUGUCAUCCUUGUGUUUUACGUCCCUGCCCUAUUCACAUCUCUCACCCACCGCUUUGGACACAGCAUCCCUCAGCACGUCCAUAUACUGGUGGGCAACCUCUACAUGCUGGUGCCCCCCACAUUAAACCCCAUCAUUUAUGGGCUCAGAACCAAGCAACUCAGGGACAAGAUUGUUCUUCUCUUCCAGUGGAAGGGAAUCUGACCUGUGUCUAUGUGCCACAAAUUGAACUCAUGAUUUAUAGGGAACCCUGGUAAAUUUGCUGAGUGAACACUCUGACCCUUUCUUUGGAGACAUACCCUUCCUCAGUGCAUGGAGUACGUGGGAAGCAUUCUUGCGGAGAUCACUAGAUUUUCUCUUCCAUUCACUGUGUAAGGAAAGACAACAGAGAGACAUUCAGUCUGAAUUUGCAUUACACCUCGCAGAAUUCAGAUUCCUGAAUGUUAAAAUGCUUUCACUAUUAAUCUGAAAAUAUUCUCAUAUCCAAAUAUUUCCAGUCUGACUCUUACACUGAGUAUC